AUGGAUUUGAACAGUAUACUACACUCCAAUUCAAACGCUGCCGGCAUUGCAGGAUCUUUGUCUCAUCAAAUGAACGGUGUCAGUGCUCCGUAUGCAGGCCAUGCGGUCCCUGCACCCAACGAUAUGCAAUGGACUCAGGUGCCUGGUGGUGCCUACUACUACCCUCAAUUCGCCGCCUCUACAGCUACACCGAUGCUGCGACAACUUUCAUCUCAAGGUCAAGUGCCACAGUACUACGCCGUACGAGAUAAGCAAACCGCCUCAUCCAACAUGCCCGCAACACAACCCCAGCACCAGUCUCAACAACUCCCUGGUUAUGGAAGCCCACAACUCACAUCUAACUCGCUCAUGCCAAACAUGAAUAACCCCUGUGCAGAUACUCAAAGCCCGUCAACACAACACGUUCCUCCGUUGAAACGCAUGUGUCCGUCGUACAUGGAGGUUCACAACCCCUCUGUCAACAACGAUACGAAUGCGUCUCCGUCCUUUGGUAUGCCUAAUGGUUACAUGCCAUCUAUGAACGGAAACGUUCGAAAUCCUCUUUUGCCUUCGAAUACAUUAAAUCAGGGCUACAUGGGAGGCAUGCCCAAUUAUCCCAUGAACUUCCCCCAGCAAAAAAAAUUGCCCUCUGAAACACUGUCGGACGAGGAUGUUGCCAUGCAACUGAUACGUUUGGGAGAACCCAUCAUGCCCAAGUUUCCCUACGGUUACGACAAUGCUUCCAAACUUCCGCCCGUAGCCCAGCUUCAAACCAUUGCUUCCCCUUCCAUGAUGGCGCCUAAUGGUGUCAAAGUGGAGGAUAUGCCGUAUGGCGGCGACUCGCUGCAGCGGCAGAACCUGGUGAAUGCCCAGGAGGGGGCGAUGAAGAGAAACCGCAACGACUACGCUGUCCCCCCUAAUGAUUACAAUCCGUAUGCACCUCGACCCAUGACCAUGCCCUACCAUGAUGUUAUGGGUGCAGGUUUUCCCAACAUUAUGGAGCAAACUUCGGGUCUGCCGAUGCCUAUGCCGUUCCCAGUGAACGACUUAAAAUCCGCUUAUCCCCCCGUAGGUAACGGAAUGCCUCCCGCUAACGGUGCUGUACCAGCUCAAGUCACCGGCCCUGUACACUCAACCACAAACAGUCGUUGUGCUAGAUGCAAGCGUUCGAAAAAGGGUUGCGAUCGUGAACGGCCAUGUGGACGUUGUCGUGAUGCUGGUCUUACUAGUGCUGAAUGUGUUAGUGAUGAUGAACACCCUGCUGUUACGGCGAGAAAGCCUCGUGGAAGAGGUCGUGGCAGGCCCAAGACUCGCGCGUAA